AUGCAUAUCGCUGCGGUAGGCCAUUGCUUGCCAGCGGUCAAAGCCCUGCUCAGCCUGGGAGCAUCUAUCGAGUCAGCGGCGGUCUUCGACGGGAUCCCAUGCUGGACGCCCCUCUCCGAUGCAAUUGUAUCCACCAUCGACACCAACCACGCCGCGCGUAACCCCUCUGCGCCCCACCCUUCGAUCAGAUGUGCGAAGGAAUCUGUAGCUGUCAUCCAGCACCUUCUGGAGCAGCGCGCCAAUCCGGAUGGAUGCGGCGGUAGUGGAGGCCUUACCUGUCUUCACCUGGCCGUCGGCAAGAACUGCGACACGGAGCUGAUAUGUCUACUGGUGGAACACAGCGCAGACGUUACGCUCAAGACGAGCGAAUGGGUCCGGGCCACACGCGCCCACGGCAACCGGGGUUGGGACCGCGGCUUGACACCACUGCAGAUUUGCGACUACGCAGACCAGGUCUACUCUCAGAGACAAAGGAGCGAGGUCAUGGCGCUGCUGGCUCCCUCGCUUCGCGGCGCAAGCUUUCUCCUCCAGGAUGUGACCAGCAUGGCUGCCUUCAGUGUCAGUGGCGCCAGUGAGCUCGUAAAGCGUGUCCUGGACGAGUCCAACAAGGAUUCCGGUGGCACAGCCGCGCGCGCCCUUUCGACUUUGCGGCUGCGUGCCGUGACAGGUGCCCGGUCUACUGACGGCCUCGAACCAGUGGACAGCAUUGCAGAGCUGCUGGAGAUUGCGCCGUCGAUAGCCAUCUCAGUCCUGGACGAGUUGCUCCUGACGGAACCAGACACGGAAGAUCCGCAUGUACAUCCCUUGCCUCACCGGGCAAACAUGAACUACAAGCAUCGAGCACAAGGAAUUGGAUGGUCAGCCACUGUUUUCGAUCUGCCGAACUUGUCGGUGCAAACCUCAUACCAGCCUGACACAAAUGAGGACAGGCAAACUGCAGACCAAUACCACUCCAGUGCCUUUGAAAGACACAAGGCUUGGCCUUGCUGGCUCCGGACAGCGCAGUGCUGGCACGGAACUUUGGCCCCGAAGGCGUCUUGCAACAGGGCGAGCCUCAUGGACCCAAUGGGCCUCCAGAAGGUCGUGGAUCAGAUGCAGGCGCCGACGGCAUUCAAAGGGAAGCACCAGGAAGGAGAUCGCGACGUUUGCAUCAAGGUGUUGCUGCUGUCCAAUGUCCUGGAUGUGCGCAUCAUGAUGGCUCUCACCAGUGUCAGCUGGAGUGAAAUCUUUGCAGAGAAGGUGGUCCAGGCCAUCCUGAGUUGUGGCUAUGAGCAGUUCUGCUUCCGGCCUAUCACCUCGGCACUUCUUCAGGAGCUUGUCCUGUUCGGUGCAUUUCUGUCUUGGUCGUUUGGAUUCUGGCUCUGGGAGCCACGGAAAACUGCAUGGACAGUGAUAUUUGCCAUACUGGUGAAUGAGACCAUUACCAUGGCUUGGUGGAUGAGAGGUCAUUUCUGCUAUGGCUGGACGCUGAAGCAGUUCUUCCUGCAUCCCAUGGCUGGGUUUCGGAUUAUGCAGCUUUACCUCUUGUGGUGGCUGCUUUGGAGGACAUUCUUUGGGUAUGACUUGGAUCACACCUGGAGGAAUGACGAAGAUUUGACGGGCAACAAGCGGACCUUUGAGCGCAGCUUGCUCGGAGCGAACUUGCUCUUGCAAUGCUUCUUGUUCAUCUUUCUGGCCAAAGGUGCGUCCCCUCGACUAGAAUUUGGUCGACAUCUCCUCGCCAUCCUCCACUCGUUCCUCAGGUUGGGAGUGAUUUUCACGGUCUUGAUCUUGGUCUUCGCAAGUUUCACAUCUGCGUACAUCGUCAUGGGCUCCAAGCUUCCACUGCGGGCUCUCAUCGAGAAGGUUUAUCGCGGCCUCUUCUUAGCCGAUGGCGAGGGACUGGAUGUCAUGGAGGGCGAACUUCAUGAUGGAGAGCUGCAGCCGAACAACCUCGACACCUACCUCACCUUGUUCUCCACGUUCAUUGUGACCAUAUGCCUGCUCAAUGUCUCCAUUGCAGUGUUCACUAUGGAGUACGAGGCGGCAAUUAAGGAAUCCUGGCUUCACUUCUGGCGCUGGAGGGCGCGCCUCUGCGCGGAGGUCCUUCUUUGCCCGCGCUGGCCGUGGAAAUUCGAAGCGAAACGCGCUUUGUGCGCAGAGCGGCGGCGCAUGGCCACAUGGUUGGAGUGGGCCGUGAAGAAGCUGAAAGACGAGGCGAUGCCCAUCAUCCACGGCAGCCGGCUCUGCCAAAGGACAUUUAACUUUUGUGGCUACCGGAUGAACUGGGAGCUCCUGUUGGAUGAUGGGGAUCUUCCACGGAAGGACGAUGAUGCGGACUAUGUCAGAAUCGUUGGCUGGCUGACCUUGGUUGGCCUAACCCUCUUGGGUUGCCUGCUCUUCUGCAUCUGGUUCUUGCAUGCUGUCUUUCCCGGCUUGGCCUUCGGCUUGGCCCUAACAGUGCUAAAGUCGCUGUGCGCUCGAGGCCCUUACGGGCUGACGUCUCCAGGCUUUGGAGAGCUGAGCUGUGAGGAUGAUGAAGAGGAGGAGGAGCAACCGCGACAUGCGACCGACCGCUCCCACUUCUUGUGGGUUUGCUAUCGUGCGGACUACGAUGCGAAUGUUUUCAUGAACAAGGAGGUCCACAAGGAACACUUGGACGAACUGGAGUCAAGACUGAGCACCGUAUCACAAAGCGUGGAGAAGUGGGGCGAAGAGGUCACGAACAUCGCACAGAUCCUGAGCAGUUUGAACGACUCGGUCAAGCGCUUGGAAACUCGGAUAAGCACCACACCGCAGGCAGCUUUUACCCCGAUGAGCGCAGUGCUCGAGCCUGGAAGCCUCGCACGAGCUUCCUCCGUGCCACAUGGCUUGCGCAGGACGGCACUCCGCCGGAUGGGCAGCAUGCCAAGCAGCCACGGCGAUGGCAGCAGCCCGGUGGACCCCUCCUUUGCCCCGCUCUUCGGAACAAGCUCGGCAGGACAAUUCUGA